AUUUUUUUUACUCAUUAUUUCCGAUGGCAAUUGAAAGCACCACGAGUCAGCUUUUGACACUAGGAGCCUGCUUCAAGCUAAAAUGCUCAGCAUGUCUGAGAAGGAGCUGGGGAAAAAGUGGGACCGAUGCCUUGCGGAUGGUGUCAUAAAGCUUGGCACAGGUCUGAGCUUGGGAAUUGUGUUUUCUGUCAUCUUCUUCAAAAGGCAUACAUGGCCUAUUACGCUUGGCUCGGGGAUGGGCCUUGGCAUGGCAUAUGCCAACUGUCAGAAUGACCUAAGAUUACACUACUUGCUGCAUAAAAAGGACCAGUAAUUUCAAGUCAUCAAAGAGCUUUUUUUUUUUAUAAACAUCUUUUGUUUUGCUUCUGUGGGAGUCAUCAUUUGCACUGUCCUCCUAUUAAGACACCCAUGUCUCCUUAUUGGAAAACCCUUUCCCUGUGUGGCUCUGUAUUACAUAUGCCUGAUCAGGAUCUGUUUAUGUAAUAAAAUGAGUAUGAAACACAA